CGGCCGUCCGCUCAGCAUUCCGCCGAGCGCCGGUAUUAUUUCUGAUGUGCAGGCCGCUGCCUGUUUUCCGCCACGGCACCCACCUGACGCGUCACCGGAAUAACCAACGUAGUGUGAAGUAGUGAGGACGGACGUUGUCGUCAUUUGCUGUAAAAAUCGGAGUUUGUGACUUAACUUUUUUGCCAGGACUGACACGGUGAGCAGGAGACAGAUCCGGCUCCAGGAUGCCGGGGUCCCUUCCAUUCUACCAGAAGCACCAGCGCCACUACGACCACGACUACCGCAGCUCCGAGACCCAGGCGCUGGUUAGCAAGUACCGCGCUAGCAGCAGAAGCAGUAGCGGCUAUCCUGCCCACACCUGCACCAGUGGUGGCUAUCCUGCCCACACAUGUAACAGUGGCUACGCACCCCACAUCUGUACGGGCCACGGCCUGACCAGCGCCAGAACCAGCACCAGCAGGGGCCUCACAGCGUCUUCCUACACUGGGUUGGAGCAGAGCAGCCAGCUGACCAAGAGAGCCAAGGCCACACAUCUUGCGGUGGACAGGGAACACCACAUCAUCGGCUACGUAGUGCCGAUCUUCAGGGGCAGUCUGGAGUUUGCUGGUGGUUAUUCGGGUGUAGAAGAUUCACGCUUGAAGGCGACGUCUGCCUCCAUGUGGGGUCAGGAUCAUUUCACGAGCGGGCUGGAGAUGGAGAGGUCAGAGGUCAGCUCCAGGAAGGUGACCAUACGCGAAUCAGCUGAACGCAUCUCCCUCAGCAAAACGAUCUAUGAAAACGAGGAACACAGCAAGAGAAUGAACAAGGACAGCCUGAUGCACGCGCCGGAGUUUGUGAUCAAACCACGCUCACACACGGUGUGGGAGAACCAGAGUGUACGCCUACACUGCACCCUAAGCGGAUGGCCAAACCCACAUGUGGUGUGGUACAAAAACAAUGUGACCAUCGACCCCAUUGCCCACCCGGGCAAAUAUAAGAUAGAGAGCAGCUACAGUGUCCACUCCCUGGAGAUUGACAGAUGUGAUUUCGACGACACGGCGCAGUACCACGUGUCUGCCAUGAACGCAAAGGGGGAGCAGUCAGCUUACGCCUCGGUUGUGGUCAAGAGAUUUAAAGGAGAAAUGGACACGUCAGCACCUUCACCCAGACGGUCCUAUCCACGAGUGGGCCAGGUGUCUGAGUACGGCAUCACCUUCAAGACCCACAUCGUGGACACGUUUGGCGUCUCCUUCGGCCGGGAGGGCGAGACAAUGAGCCUGGGCUGCACGGUCAUCAUCCACCCCAACCUGGAGCGCUACCAGCCCGGCGUGGAGUGGUACCGCGACGACGUGCUGCUGGCGCCCAGCAAGUGGCAUCAGAUGCACUGGAGCGGCGACCGCGCCACCCUGACCCUCACGCACCUCAACAAGGAGGACGAGGGCCUGUACACCCUCCGCGUCACCACCAAGUCCGGAUACGAGACCUACUCUGCCUACGUCUUUGUCAGAGAUGCGGAUGCGGAGGUGGAAGGGGCCCCUGGGGCCCCCCUGGACGUGCGCUGUCUGGACGCCAACAAAGAUUACGUCAUUGUCUCCUGGAAGCAGCCGGCGGUGGACGGAGGGAACUCCAUCCUGGGAUACUUUGUGGACAGGUGUGAGGUUGGAACCAACCACUGGAUCCAGUGCAACGACACCCCCGUCAAGUUCGCCCGCCUCCCCGUCACCGGGCUGGUGGAGGGGCGGUCCUACGCCUUCCGCGUGCGGGCCGUCAACAAGAGCGGCAUGAGCCACCCGUCACGCACCUCUGAACCCGUGGCCGCCGUGGACGCCGCCGACCGCACCCGCAUGAGAGGAACCUCGGCCCCCGUGACUGGUCAGAUCAUCGUGACGGAGGAGGAGCCAGCAGAGGGCGUGGUUCCCGGGAAACCCCUUGAGCUGGAGGUGACCGAGGCGACCAAGAACUACGUGGUCCUGAGCUGGAAGCCCCCUGGAGAGAGAGGUCACGAGGGAAUCAUGUACUACGUGGAGAAGUGUGUGUCCGGUACUGACAGCUGGCAGAGGGUGAACACAGAGAUCCCGGUGAAGUCCCCCCGCUUCGCGCUGUUCGACCUGGCCGAGGGGAAGUCCUACAGCUUCAGGGUUCGCUGCUGCAACUCAGCCGGGGUGGGGGAGCCGUCCCCCCCCACCGAGGCCACCACCGUGGGAGACAAGCUGGAUGUCCCAGCAGCCCCAGAGCGUGUGGUGGCGACCAGGAACACAGACACAUCGGUGGUGGUCUCCUGGGAGAAGUCCCGCCAUGCCAAGGACCUGGUGGGCUACUACAUAGAGACCAGCGUGGUGGGCAGCGACACCUGGGGACCCUGCAACAACAAGCCUGUACCAGGGUCCAGGUUCGUGUGCCAUGGCCUGGUGACCGGCGAGACCUACGUGUUCAAAGUGAGAGCGGUGAACGCUGCUGGUAUUAGCGUGAGCUCUCAGGAGUCUGAGCCAGUCCUGGUCAAGGCCGCUAUUGCCUCCCCUGCGCCCCCGUUUGGCAUCAGCGUCCUGGAGUGUGUCCGGGACUCCAUGGUGCUGGGGUGGAAGCAGCCCGCCUUUGUGGGCGGUUCAGAUAUCACCGGCUACUUUGUGGACUAUCGCGAGGUCAUUGACGGCUUGGAGGGCCAGUGGCACGAGGCCAACAUUCAGUCGGUCAGCGACAGAGCCUACAGGGUGUGCGACCUGAAGGAAAACAAGAAGUACCAGUUCCAGGUGCGUGCGGCCAACAUGGCUGGGGUCGGCAUCCCCUCAUUGCCUAGCAACACCUUCCUAUGUGAGGAGUGGACCAUUGCUGUGCCAGGACCCCCUCACGAUCUCCAGGUGACCGAGGUACGCAGCAGCUCCCUGGUGUUGCUAUGGAAGCCGCCGGUUUAUCAGGGUCGCGACGCGGUCAACGGCUUCUACGUGGACAUCAAGGAGGCGGGGGCGUCUGAGGAGGCGUGGCGAGGCAUCAACAAGAAGGCAACCGACAGCAAGUUCAUCAAGAUCGAGAACCUGCAGGAAGGGGAGAAAUACGUGUUCCGUGUGCGAGCUCAGAACAACGCUGGUGUAGGAAACGCUUCUGAGGUUACCGAGCCCACCCUGGCCGAGACCAAAGCAGGUACCAAGGAGAUCAUGGUGGAUGUUGACGACGAUGGCGUCAUCUCCCUGAACUUCGAGUGCUCUGCGAUGAGCGCCGAAUCUAAAUUUGUCUGGUCCAAGAACUACGAGGAGAUCUCAGACACCGAACGCAUCGCCGUAGAAACCAAGGGAAGCAAGGCCAAAGCCUCUUUCCUCGCCCCUGGAGAGGAAGACAUUGGUAUAUACUCCUGUUCUGUCACGCACACUGACGGAGCCUCUGCCAGCUACGACCUAACAGCAGAAGAGCUCAAGAAGCUUCUGGAGACCAGCCACGACCACAAGUUCCCCAUUAUUCCCCUGAAGUCGGAGUUGGCGGUGGAGCUACAGGAGAAGGGACGUGUUCGUUUCUGGCUGCAGGCAGAGAAGAUAUCCGCCAAUGGAAAAGUGGAUUAUGUGUUCAAUGACAACAGUCUGUCUGCAGGAGAGAAGUACAAGAUGAACUUUGACAAGAACACGGGCGUGAUCGAGAUGAUCAUGGAGUCCCUGACGCCGAAGGAUGAGGGGACCUUCACCUUCCAGCUGCAGGACGGCAAGGCCACCAACCAGUCCAGUCUGGUGCUGAUAGGAGAUGUGUUCAAGGCUCUCCAGAAGGAGUCUGAGUUCCAGAUGAAGGAGUGGGUCAGGAAACAAGGUCCUCACUUUGUGGAGUACCUUGGAUUCGAGGUGACUCCAGAAUGCUGUGUGAUCCUCAAGUGUAAGGUGGGGAACAUCAAGAAGGACACAGUGGCGUUGUGGCAGAAGGACGGCCAAGAGAUCAAGUCUGACCAGCAGCUCAGCUUCACAGAGGGAGUGCUGAAGCUGGAGAUCGCUCAGAUCUCCAAGAAGGACGCCGGUGUGUACAACAUCGUUCUUAAGGACGACAGAGGGAAGGACACGUCUACGUUGAAUCUGACGGAUCAAGGCUUCAGGGAUAUGAUGAAUGAAGUGUUCAGUGUAAUUGCUAACUCCUCCACUGCCCUGAAGAUCACGAGCACAGACGAGGGCAUCCGCCUCUACACCUUCGUCAGCUAUUACAACGACCUGCUCCAAGUCACAUGGCACUACAAAGACUCGGCCAUCUCCUUCUCGGACCGCAUUAAGAGCGGAGUGGUGGGCGAGCAGCUGUGGCUGCAGAUCAAGGAGCCCACGGAGAAGGACACGGGGAAGUACGCUAUCGAGUUCAACGACGGCAAGGGAGGCCUGCGCCGCACCGUGGAGCUGUCCGGACAAGCGUUCGACGAUGCCGUCGCAGAAUUCAAAAGGCUGAAGGCUGCUGCUAUCGCUGAAAGAAACAGGGCCCGGGUGAAAGGAGGUCUGCCUGAUGUGGUCACCAUCCAGGAGGGGAAGGAUCUGAACCUGACCUGCAACAUCUCCGGUGACCCCGUGCCCGAGGUGACCUGGCUGAAGAACGAACGGGAGAUCGUGUCCGACGACCACUUACUCCUCAAGUUUGAGUCAGGGAAGUUCGCCAGCUUCAUCAUCACGAAGGUGAACUCGGAUGACUCGGGCAAGUACAGCAUCCUGGUGAAGAACAAGUUCGGGACGGAGAGCGGGGAAUUCACCGUAAGUGUCUUCAAUCACCCGGAGGAGCUGGGCGGCAAGAAGUAGACGUCUGAAGGGAAUCUGUAUAGAAGAUAGCGAGAAACAGACGAGAAAGAAACAGGGAAACUAGGCUGUUGAGGAUGUGUUAUGCAGAUUCUGGGGUUAGAUAACAGAGGCUCGCUAUCUUUGUGUUGAUACACGAUCCGGAAAUCUCAUUUGGUGCAAGAUUAGUCUUAUACCAGUUAGUUUGAUUCAUAUCUUACAGAAUAAGAAAGCAUGCCAAAGAUAAAUAAUAACAGUUGUAGUUUUUAUUUGUGUGACCUUUGGAUGGUGAAUGUAUUUGUUUGAAUUUGCUGCAGUGAAGGAAGCAUAACUAAUUAUCCAGAGGAAGAACAAGGUUGUUAUUAUUACUAGAAAAUGCUGAGGCAGAGAAGAGAGAGGAAGCAGAAUUAUAACCCGACGGUGGACUGGGUGUUAGUUUUGAAGUUUCUACUUCCUGUUUGUACAUGUUUGUUUCCUCUCUUCGUCUCAUCAUCUUCCCUGUCAUUUAGCCUUUGUGAAUAUGUCCCCUCCCCCUUUCCUUUACAUUAUUUAUGAAAGUCGAAUCUUUAAAGUACGGUUCAAAUAUGACAUCAUUGUGACAUCAACGGCACGCUCAAUAACUCUCUUCACUGUCCACAAGAUCCCGUUGUUAAGUGGUUUUUCGUCGUUUUGUCAAACAUCCAAUGUACCCAACUCACCUCACUGUGACCGCACUGUUGUGAUUUCGUAUCACUUCCUGUGUUCCCCUGUUCUCCACCUAAUAAAAGAGCAUGUUUCUGCACCUCCUCCUCCUCUCUCGCCUCACUG